AUGGCCACCGAAGGAAGGAAGAACCGCCGCUAUCUAGGCGGAGCAGAGAGAGGAAAUCCGAAUCCGAUCGCCGAUAAUGAUCAAUUUGAACUCGAUGAAGCUGAAGUAAUCUGGAGUAAUAAUGAAAAUGCUCCAUCUCACGUCAAAAAAUCAAUUUCAGGUCGUGUUAGAAAGUCUGUAAGAGACGGCAACCGCGUUGAUGAAACUGGUGGAAAAUCGUUGCCGGUGAACAUACCGGAAUGGUCGAAGAAUGAGUACAAAAAUCGUGGCGGAGAUUACCAGGAGGAUGCCGGAGAAGAUGAAGAUGACUAUGGUGUUCCGCCUCACGAGUAUUUAGCGAGGACGAGAGGUGCUUCGUUAUCUGUUCACGAAGGAGUUGGAAGAACAUUGAAGGGAAGAGAUUUGAGGAAGGUGAGGAAUGCUGUAUGGAAGCAAACUGGAUUUGAAGAUUAG